AUGCGUGUGUGCGUUGUGGGGGGGCAUCCAUCCCCCUUUGGCUGAUUUUGAGUCUGGUUAGACACCUCGCACUGGUGAAUGAUGCUGUAGUGUAUGCAGGAGUCACCGGUGAAUGUAAAGAUCUGUGCAUUCACAGAAACGCACAGACAGCAGAACAGACGCACCGCGAUUCAGAGACCCCUUAUUGCGCGGCGUGGAUGAGGAUGCUCGCCAUUAUCAAGCAUCUUUUAAACCAUUUAAGGAUGCUUUCAUCAAAGAGACACGUGCAUGUGAGAUUUCUGACGAUUUAAAUCAUUUCAUCGGACGCAGACGUGCGUCGCAACGCAGGACCGCUCGUUUGGAUCCGUGCCACCACGGUUGUCUGUCUCCAUCCGUCGCCCGUUCACCCAACCACACCUUUCUGUUAUAUUAUCACUCAGUAACGGCAGAUCCCGCACCGGAUCCCGUCGCGUGUGACCGAAAGGGACAUUGUGCCUGCGUGAGCGGGUGGAUGAACGCGGAUCCAUUGCGCUAUAGACGCCCGGUGCGCACCAGACGCCCGUGUCGGACAGAUGCGCGUGUGAACGGGAGGAGGAAUUUUAUUCGCGCGUCUUUGUCCCGCAUCCUGCGCCAGGAACAAACGCAUCACCUUGAGGAUUUAAACGCACCGACUUUCAGCUUACCAGGGGGCACUACAGUGAAAGUCCGCCUAGGGCACCCAUUCGGCCAGCAGCGGCCCUGAACAACAGAUCGGCGUGCUAGAUGCUUCAGCCCCGGUGUGUUGCUGCCAUGGCAACCAUGACUGCCUCCUUAUGGAUCUUUGCUGUUCUCCAAUUGGCUGCCUGCUCAUUUCCUGAGGAACCUGGUCCUUUAAUCUCCGCCCCUGCUGAGGUGGUGAGACGGUAUCCAGUGUUUGUGGGUCGAGCCCAUCGCUCGUACACCCGUCAGGAGCCGCUCUACAUUCAAACCGUCCUAAAGGUCAACCGCACACUUUACAUCGGAGCCCGAGAUGACCUUUAUCGAGUAGAACUGGACCACGUGUCUGGAGAUGAGAUGUUUUACAGCAAGAAAAGGACGUGGGAAUCCAAUAAGAACGACAUCCGGAUCUGUCGAAUGAAGGGAAAACAUGAGGAGGAGUGUCGUAAUUACAUUAAGGUGCUGUUGAGUCAUGAUGGAGGGCUGUUUGUGUGUGGGACAAACGCAUUCAACCCGCUCUGCGCCAAUUACACGAAAGACACUCUUGAAUUGGUCGGAGAGACCAUCGGUGGAAUGGCACGAUGUCCUUAUGACCCGAAACAUGCAAAUGUGGCCCUGUUCGCCGAGGGCAGUUUGUUCACAGGGACAGUGACGGACUUCCUGGCUAUUGAUGCUGUCAUUUACCGCAGUCUGGGAAAGAGUCCGGCCCUGCGUACCAUCAAACACGAUUCAAAGUGGUUCAGAGAGCCAUAUUUUGUAAGCGCCGUUGAAUGGGGUUCUCAUAUCUACUUCUUCUUCAGAGAAAUGGCCAUGGAGUUCAACUACUUGGAGAAGGUAAUGGUGUCCAGAGUGGCACGUGUGUGUAAAGACGAUCUGGGCGGCUCUCAGCGCGUGUUGGAGAAGCAGUGGACGUCGUUUCUGAAGGCACGUUUGAACUGCUCGAUCCCCGGAGACUCGCACUUUUAUUUCAACCUGCUGCAGUCCACCAGUCCCAUCAUACGCAUGCAGGGAAGAGACGUCAUACUGGGGGUCUUCUCUACACCAUCAAACAGCAUCCCCGGCUCGGCGGUGUGCGCGUUCGACAUGGAGCAGCUGGCACGGGUGUUUGAAGGACGAUUCAAAGAGCAGAAAUCCCCAGAAUCCAUAUGGACACCAGUACCUGAUGAACUGGUACCUAAACCCAGGCCUGGCGGCUGUGCUAUCCAGAGUUCAAGCUUCAGCUCCUCAAACACUCUUCCAGAUGAAGUGUUAAAUUUCAUCAAGACUCAUCCUCUUAUGGACGAGGCGGUUCCUUUGCUGGGACACAGCCCUUGGAUAGUCAAGACCAUGGUCAGGUAUCAGUUAAACACUAUGGUGGUGGACACCGAGGCGGGCCCUCACCGGAACCGGACUGUGGUGUUUCUUGGAUCCACCAGGGGAACCGUACUUAAGUUCCUCAUUACUCCCAGCUCAGAGAUCCAAUACUCCAAUAAUAACAUCUUUCUGGAAGAACUGGAGGGAUACAACCCGGAGAGGUGCGGUGAUGACUCCAUACAGGCACGUCAGCCUCUCUCUCUGACCCUAGAUAAACCCAGUCACACACUUCUACUGGUCUUUCACUCUUGUGUGGUGAGGGUUCCCGUCGCACGCUGUCAACUACACUCCAGAUGUAUGAAAAACUGCAUUGCAUCCAGAGAUCCAUACUGCGGCUGGACCCGAGGAAGCACCUGCUCGCUCCUGAGGCCCGGCACCAGAUUACCUUUCGUGCAGGAUAUUGAAUAUGGAAACAUCUCACACCUCGGGGACUGUGAUGGACUUUUACGUGAGAGUUUCAUGGAUGAACCUGAAAGCCUUGUUACCUUGAACCUGUUGGUUAUCGCCGCAGUAUCCGCAUUCUCCACCGGCGCCGCGCUCUCAGGUCUGGCCGUGUGCUGGAUCAUGGGACAGAAGCACCGUCACCGUUCGCACAGCAACACACCAUCCUCCAGCAGUCAGCGGAAGAGUGAGAAGGAGCGUUGCAUGAUAGGACAAAACAGGAGCGGCUCUGUGAUGAGCGUAUCGCGGCAUAGCACCGCAGACCGUCCACGGUCGCAAGGCGAGACUCUCUUUGUCAUGCCCAACGGUUGGGUUAAAGCAGGCGACCUGGAUCCGGGUCUACUGCCCACGCCUGAGCAGACGCCCUUGCAGCAGAAACGCGGGUUACGCCUCUCUGACUCCGGAUCUAGCUGGGAUCAAAGUCAGACCUUCUUGAGUUCGGUGGGCACCCAGUGCCCGCCACCCCCCUCCACCCUUUACCUCAGCUCUAAGCUCUUACAGGGCACCGGGCGACGACACGAGGAGGCCAUCGAGACCGGCAUUGACCGUCAACGCUACGUUUCCAUCUCCAAAUACCGUGAUCAAGGCAUUCGCCCAGGCACUCUCCUUCGCAAGUCAGCGGGUGAAUACAACUACCCCAUGACUCCCCAAGACUCCCCCGACCGACGGAGGGUGGUAUCAGCCCCCAGCACCCAGGUAGAGUACAGCGGCGAGCCUCUUCGUUGGACCCACGAAGGAUACAUCUUCAGCAGUCAUGGUUUGCCACCAACGGGUCACCACCAUUACACCCCGACUUCGCAGCAUCCUGCGGGGCUGACGCGCUCUGUGAUGCACGGGUCACGGGGGUUUAUCGACCUGGCAGAUUUCAACCAUUUGCUCGGUAAGGGAGGCAGCGAUCGGACGCCCACCGGCCAGUGAAUGAAGAGAAGGGAGGUCGUGAGAAUUGAAGGAAUUGAAGAAAUGUGAGAAGCUAAAUUCACAUAUCGACCGCAGAGCCGAUGCAGGGCAGGCCAAUCACAGCGGCUCUUUGUCUCUCUCUUCUCACUUUCUUUCUUCACCUGCUUGUCAUCCUGUUUUUAUCUGAGCUCAUUUGUCCAGAGCUGCCGCUAUAUGAGUCACAUUGCAUAAGGACGGACUAAACGGACCUUGCUGACAAAGAGAAGAGCAGCCAUUUCGGCAAAGAGACCCUUUCUCUUUCUCUCAGAGCUCUAUGUAGGCACGCUGCAUUCGGAGAUAAGCUGACUGAGUACGAUUGCAGUUGACCGAAUGUUAUUGUGUAUUUAUCAGACCUGGGAUGUCACUUUCAGCAGAUUUAUUUAUUUGCACAGAUUCAGAUUUGCAGGAUUGUUGAUUCACGCUUACAGUGAACAGAAGACGGGUGCUGGUUCUUAUGUCGGCACGGCUGUAGCUUGGCGGUAUAAGGGGCGGUUCACAUUUUGCUUUUUUUGUUCAAGCAAAUACUUUAUUUCGAAUGUUGAUGCGUGGCAAGCACGCUCAAAUAGAGAGUGACUCGGCACACGCAAGCGGUGCAACGCUCUUUUUUUCCAGGGGCGGCAGCCAACUUUUUAGAUUGACUGUCGAAAAGAAGGAGGAAAGCAUCACGGUCACGCUUUCCACAUGAACCAUCCCUAAAGAGGCUGUUUGAUGGAUUUUGCUAGGUCAGAUGAUUUCCUGUAAUCCAAAACUAUCAAAAUAACACCCUCUGAGAAUCUGCUGUUGCCCCUCGAAUAUAUAUUUUCUAAAUAAUGCAAUUUAGUUGAAUGAAAUAGCAAAAUAAUUUGGCAAUUAUGUUAUAAAUAGCAAAGCGUAUUAAAAGUCCACACAUUUCAACCCUAAAACCUAAUGUAUGAUGUAGCUACUGUCCAUUUGCCCCUAUUCUUCUCUCUAUCUCAUGCACUGAGGACUUUACUGCAGUAUUACCUCAGCCCCAAAUACAUUAAAAUGAAUGACAAGAGAGAGACAGAGAGAGGAGGGGGGGGGAUUGAUCAGACAUUUCAUGGUCUCAGCCACAUGAAUUCCUGUGUAGCUCUGUGUUUUAUCAGAGAAAUAAGGAGCUCUGAGAACUUACGAACAUGCUGGAAUCUAAAUCUUUUUGCCUGUUUGUUUUAUUUCUUCCUUUUUUGUACAGUAAAUUUUUUACACUACACGAUACCGGAUGGAGCACAGAAUUGUGGAUGUUUCGCAGAAAGACAUGAUGAGGGUCAGAGAAAGAGAGAGAUCAACUCCUAAUGAGUCAUACACACCAAACGCUAAUUCAACGUUUUGCGCGAGUAGAUUACAUACAAAGUCAAUGCAAAGAUACAAAUUGACACAAACUUUCACAAGGCGAUGCGAAUGACGCGAAUUGGGCGGAGCUAUUGCCGCAAAAACAUUCGCUAUUCGCCUUAAACGAGUCUAUCGUGCAAGUCGAAAAUAUUCACAUGACACAAAGUUAAAUCCUGCGAGGAAUCUAGAUUGAGGAAUGCGAUGCUACGUAUUUGGUGUGUACAUAGCAUAAUGCAGAGUUUGCGUCUAUUCGCGUCUUUGCAUUGACUUUGUAUUUAAUCUACUAGCGCAAAUUGUUGAAUUUACGUUUUCAUUAUCCGGCGUACACACCAAACCCGCACCAUUGCAUUCUUCGCUCUAGAUUACUUGCUGGGUUUAAUUUCGUGUCAUGCAAAUUUUUCACUUGAGUUGAAUAUAUUCAGUUUGCGCAAAGAUGCGUUUGAUGCGAAUAGCGUGUGUUUUCGCAGCAAUCAUGCCGCACAAUUCGCCUCAUUUGCAUCGCCCUGCGCGAGUUAGCGUCUGUUUGCAUCUUUGCAUUGACUUUUAUGUAAUCUACUUGCGCAAAUUGUUGAAUUCGUGUUUGAUGUGUUCGCCCCAUAAGGUUCCUAAACUCUUCUGUGCCAUUCUUUCCUAUUUGAAGAUGCUAAAGAUGUUUGCCGUUUGUCUAUUUUGCAUCUGGACUCUACAUGAGAGAGAGAAAAUGAGAAAGAGAUGCGGAUGAGAGAACUAAAGGACAAUGAAGUCAUGUGACUUGAAGUUCAGUGGAUGAGCACCUGUCAUUGGUUUUGUGUCUGUGAAGUAACCAAUCAUUUUGCUCUUUAUAUAU